AAGUACUACAACAUGUUUCGAGAAGUAAGGACAAUUUUGUAUUUGGAGUGGUGAUGGACCUUCCUGUUGUAAAGGACAAACUGAAACAGGUUUAUUAUUUUAUAGAUUCACUUCUUUCCAAACGAGACUAUCCACUCGUAAAAAUUCUGCUUGGUUUUCUCGAGUCUCUACACCUUCGUUCGUCUGUAAUCAACUUUUAUGAUCCCAAGUUGGCUCGCGCUUUGAUAUACAUUACUUUGGCUCCAAUAAUAUGGAACGUACUUGCUAGAUUAGAAUACUUCUUUCAUAUCAUAAGUUUUCUGUUUUUCGGUAAAAGAACUGGUUGCUAUGCGUUGGCUUUGUGGAUCCUGCUCUUUAGUUUAUACAGAGACUUUUUGGUGAUGGAGGCUAUCCAAGUACAACCCACCCUCAGAUACCUUGAACAGACUCACUUGUUGGCUUUGGCAUAUGUUUUGGGUGCCUUGGGUGGCGUUUUGGUGAUUACUUCGUUUUUAAGACUUGGUAUUACUGGAACGUUUUUGGGGGAUUACUUUGGUAUUUACCUUGAGGAAAAAGUUUCGGGCUUUCCCUUUUCGUUUUGUUCAAAUCCGAUGUAUGACGGUUCCACACUGCUCUUUAUUAGUAAAGCUUUACUAGCUUCAAGUCCAGCUGGUUUGUUAUUGGCAUUUUGGGUAUAUGUAAUGUAUCGGAUUGCUUGUGCCUUUGAAGAACCCUUUACGAACUACAUUUAUCGUUAUCGUGCUACAAGCCAAAACAAAAAGGGAAAAUGAGUGGUUUGUUAUUCAUCUCUUUUGAAAUCUCGUGCUGCCAUCAGUUGUGCAAGACUUGCGUAGUUGCUACUGAGACUGAAUAAACAUAGUAGAUUAGUAAGAGAUAACUUGUCAGUGGGCCACAUGAUGUGGCUAGUAUUGUAACAAAGAGUAUCGUUGA